UAGCUUCUCUUGUGCCAGGAAACUUAUUACUGACCAAGUCAUUGGCUAAUCUUCAUUACUGAAGUGAUUAAAAUUCUGUCUUGGCGCCUUCAGAAUCACACUGAGUGUAACCAAAGUUCGCCUCACUUCACAUUUAUUUUCCUCCGCGAGUUUCUGUGAAUUUCGUCCGGGAACAUGAGGAGACUGCCCAAGAGAGACAAGAUGUACGACAGGGUCCACCGGGGCGUCGUCUGGGCGUGCAUAGGGCUCACCCUUUACGCCACUACGAUGCUGGGCACGCGAGUCUUCAACUACUUCACCGUCGUGAAGCCGGCCAGGAAACAACAGGAGCUGGAGUUGGUCAAGGAGAACGCCCAGCCCACAGCUGCGCUCCUUGACAAGAUUCCCGAGCUGAAAGGAUGAAGGCCUGCCACUCAGACUGCGACUAGUUUAGGUGAACUCCAAUAGAAAAUGUAAAUAUAGCGUGAGAAAGUGUCCGGAAAGCACGCUAUCCGGACAAAACAAGGAGGAAAAUAAAACGAUAUUUUCGUUGGAAAAUAUAAAUUAAUA